AUGUCGCAUCAGACCGACCAAGAGGGUGGGGCCAGAUCUAGGGCUACUAAAAAGGCCGCCGCGCAAACCAAUCAAACGAAACGUGCGGCGGGGAAAAAGGCUGAGGUGGGAAAGCAGAAGCCCGGGAAGAAGGUGGAGGACAAGGGGAAGCAACCAACGGCACGCAAGCGUGUUUCGGCCGUCAGGAGCGAUGCGGAUGUUGCCACUGCUGCCCUCGAGCCCGGUCCUUCUGACGACGGCACCAUCGGCGGGAACGAAGACCCUGGGCGUGGCGGCGUGAGUGUUGCCGUCCGGUCGGGGGACAGAGAGGGCUUUGCGACUGGAGGAAAGCACAGCGGCUCUCCCCGCCAAGAUCAGGCCGCAACUUCGACGUCCGUGGCAGAGGCAAAGCAGCAGCAUCUGACGCUGCCCCACCCGCCCGUGGUCGAAAUAUCUGCUGCAGUGAUAGAUAAGGAGAAGGAUGCUGCGCACGAUUGCACGGAGGGGCCGAAACACGACAUUGCCGACGUAGGUGGAUCUCCUCCCUCUGGGGGACGCGGGAGGCGUAGGCAGAGGAAGAGCGAUGGUGAGGAGGAGAAUGACACCCGCGUGGCUGAGGACAUGCCCAUACGCGCGAAGAGGAGGCAGACAACAGCCAGCGGUGACGACGCCGGUGGUGCUGAAGUGGGAUCCGGUCCGAGGAAACCAUCUAGCGGACGGAGGGGGAAGCAAUCUUCGGGGGGGAAUAGGCUGAAGCGCGGCAAAGAAGGCCCUGGUGAAGCGGAUGUUGAGGACGAGGGGGAUGGGGAGGAGGAGGCCGAGGAGGAUGCGGAGGAGGAGGACGAGGAUGCAGGGGAGGGAGAAAAGGACGAGGAUGAGCAGGAGGGCGACGAUGAUGAGGAGGAGGAGGAGGAGGAGGAGGAGGAGGAGGAGGAGGAGGAGGAGGAGGAGGAGGAUGAGGAUGAGGACGAUGAGGAGGACGAUGAGGGGGAUGACGAGGAUGAGGAGCAGGAGGAGGAGGAGGAGGAUGAGGAGGAGGAGGAGGAGGAGGAGGAGCAGGAGGAGGAGGAGGAGGAGGAAGAGGAGGAGGAGGAUGAUGAGGAGGAGGAUGAGGAGGAGGAGGACGACGAGGAGGAAGAGGAGGUGGAGGAAGGGGCGGAUGAGGAGGAGGAGGAGGAGGAGCCGGCAAGGAAAGGACGGGGCGCGCGAGGCGGACGGGGGAGUGGCACAGGGAAGGUGGGGGGCCGGUCUGGACAAUCCCGGAAAUGCAGGGCGGGUGACGCAAUGCGUGCCGGACCAGCGGGCAAAUCGAAGGCGCCCCGGGGCAGGGAGGUCUCCCCCCUCGCCGGUCCAUCGCGUGUGCAUCAACCAAGCACCUUUGCCAAUCCCUUCCCUGAGCUUCCCUUUUCCCGCCAGCGUGAUAGUGUGAGGGCACACGGUGCUGCUGCAGAAGACGUUGAUCCCCUUGGCCAGAGAGGGGUUUCUACACACCCUUUUCCGGAUGUCAUGGAUGCGCUGGCUGAAGGUGCAGAGCACGGACAGUUUGUUACACGAGACGAGUUCCAGCAGCUACGGUCUGAGAUGUACGCCAUGUUUGCUCAGCUCGGCCUGCGUCGGGGAGCAACUGCCAGCUAUGCCGGGGGGGGCGCAGUGGUGCCGAUGGGUGGUACCCCGCCGCCGAUGAGUGCCGUGGACAAGGCACGUGUGCUUGUGGUGCAGGAGACCAACCCAUUCCCGGGCACACGGGAGCGGCGCUCAACGAGGCGCCGCGUGUCAGGUGGGUGGGGUGUGACGUGGCAUGGGGUGGGCGGGUGUGACGUGGCACGUGGGGCUGGCUGCUACCUGACGUGGCGGAUGCAGGAGGGUGUGCCGUGGCGGGAUGUGUGGCUUGGUGCUGACGUGGCGGCUUGGAAGGGUACACGGGAGCGGCGCGUGACGAUGCUACACGUGUGCGGUGGGUGGCUUGGUGACGUGGCAUGGGGUGGGCGGGUAUGA